AUGACUACAAUGCUUGAGGCCCCAAUUACCAUCCAAUAUUUGGAACCAGACACGCAGUUCGUGAAUCCGGCAGCUAUAGUCUGGUCGAAUGCUUCCCACAUCACUUGCAAUAAAGAUGGACUUCUCGCCGAACCCUUGAAACCCGAUCAAGGCAGCAAAGCGACAACCAAUUCCCCAUCAAGUCCAGAAUUGAAGCCACAUGUGGGACUCAAUAGGCAGCGGCGUGGCUCGAAGCUUCAGUCCCACAAAGAAGGUCUCACCCCAGAGAGGGCCCGGUAUCUCGAACGUAACCGCGUUGCUGCGAAUAAAUGCAGGCUGAAGAAGAAGCAAGAGUGCGAAAAAAUCCAGCACAUACUAGACAGAGAAACGACAAAGCGGGAAACACUCCUAGCUGAAGCCAAAGAAUUGAAGGAGGAGGUCUGGCAACUCAAAAACAUGGUCUUUGCGCACGCAAGAUGCGGGGACGAGCAAAUCAACCGACAGCUCACGAAAAUGACGCAAAACGUCCUCAAGUCGAGCUCGUUGCAGUGUUCAGCUUUGAGUAGGCCAGAGGAGAAGGAUCUAGACCUAUCUAUAGCGUCUCCAUCUUUAGUGCAUGACACAGUGACCUGUGCAGAAUUCUUUGAUGAUAGUUACAUUGAUCUACCUGACGUGUAA